AUGGUAGACACAACUGGUACCGUUGACGAAGAAGGAAAGCCGGCCAAGCCAGGAUCUUCAGUAUGGUUCAUGACAGAAACAAGGGAUCGCCAUCUUGUAUCAGAAUACUGGCUGUCAACCUUGGGCCAUGACAUCGAAGUAGAAAAGCAUUUUGCGCAGAUCAAUGCGUGGAAAGCAGCUCCAUUCACCACUUACAUUGUCGAGCAGAAAGUUGGCGACUUUAUUCUGAUACCACCACUUGCUGCGCACCAGGUAUGGAAUCGGGGCACUCGAACAAUGAAAGUCGCUUGGAACCGGACAACAGUAGAGACCCUUGAGAUGGCCUUAGGGGAAGCUCUACCACGCGCCAGGAUGGUUUGUCGCGAUGAGCAGUACAAGAACAAGGCUAUUAUCUAUUUCACCUUGCAAAAAUAUUCCGAUCUUAUUGACAAAGUCGAGGCUUUGAAAGAUGUAGAGACUGACCAGCAAGCUAUCUUGAACCUGGAUUAUAAUACAAGAUUGAGACAGCUCGCUAAAGACUUCAAGAGACUUUUCUCCUUAUACACGAAGAUUUUGGUAUCAGAGAUACUCGCACCUGUGUCACCAAACGAAAAGAAAGGACAGUACCUGCCAUACGAUAGUUUCGUGACAUGUGCCUAUUGCCGCUGUAAUAUCUUCAACCGGUUUCUGACUUGUGAGACUUGCAUUGAGCCACUCCAAAACGGCGAUGAGAACACGUAUGAUGUCUGCAUGGAUUGUUUCGCCAUGGGUCGAAGUUGUAAGUGCAUUUCAGGCUUCAAGUGGGUCGAACAAUUCCCCUGGCAAGAGCUCACCAGUCGUCAUGAACAAUGGCGACAUCAAAUUAUUGCUUUGGAUGGGGCGAACCAAAAUUCCCCGCGGUCUCUCCAGAGGGAGAGGAAGGAACUCGGCAAGAAGACCUUAGCCCAAGUUUGUCAAGAACAGCUCAAGAUUAGGCCCUGGAAUGAUCCUAAAAACCCCAAGCCGCCGCUAACAACCGCUGAGAUGAACAGUAUUGGCGUAGCAAAGAGCAGCAAUACUGAUGAUGACGGCAAGGUCUCUCACAAAAACAAAAAGAGAAAAUUACCACUUGAUUUUGUCCAUGAGCACGUCUCCUGCUACCCGAGGGAAGCCUGGCGAUGCGCAACAUGCGCAAAGUGUGAGCGAUCCUAUCAAUAUGGUAGUCUAUGGCGCAUGUUUGAACUCAUGCCUCAGACGGUGAUGGAAGAAUAUGAGUGGGAAUGCCCCGCGUGUAGGAAGUUCUGUUCUUGUGGGUCUUGUAGAAGAAAAGAAGACAAUACUCCUUACGAGCCUCAUGGCACCAUCCUUGGUCAUGAUACUAGAAAAGUCGCUGACCCAAGAAGCACAGAGAGCUUAGUGGAUUUCAGCAUGUCGAACCUGCACCAUAUCAAGAAGACAGGCGAUGAUGAUCCUUUAGAGUCUCGGCGGUUAGGCCGCCGCAUCGAUGAAGCAGCAAGAGCGAAGGCUCAUGAUCUAGAGCUAAGCGACGCUGAUGUAGACGAAGCAGAAACACCUCCGGUUCAAGAACAAUUCUAUCAAAACGGGAUUCGCUAUACAACAGAAGCAGAGAUACCGAUUGAUCCAAUGCUCAGCAUUGGGCAGCCAACACUACCUACCACCACCGCUCCUGUGCCUACCAACGGCUCCAUACGAAAUGACUCAGAUGGCGAACACAAUCCCCAAAAAUUGUUAGCCAAGAAAAAUAGACAAUCAAAGCCAAAGGUGGUACAAGAUAAGUCACAUCAAAGGCAUACGGGAGCCAAAUCUGUCCACGGUUCCGGAGUAGCCUUGAGGCCGCCUAGCAAUGUCGCGCCAACCGCACAAAUGACACUGCAUCCAAGCAACCGGAUGGACAAUGCCUCCACCUACGAGUCCGACGAGCCUUUUGCUAAGGGACUAACAUCAACAUCCGCCAGCAGCCUUCCUGCCAAUGUUCAAAUGUUCCAAAAUGGCCAACCUACACAAAAUGGCCAAUUGUCACAAUAUCAGCAAGCACAAGUUGACAAGUCAUUACUAGAAGCGAAAAGCAAUAACCGAUUUAUUAUUGCUGAAGCUGCGCACUCGGGGAAACGGCUCCCAAUAACUCUUCACGUUGGCAGACUAGGCAUGGCCCUGAUAGCAGAUCGUCUUAGCAAUGGUUCAUCAGUAAACGUUGAUAACCGUCAGCAAGCGGACAAAGAGCUUUUAUUCUCUGAUGUGCCCGCUGUUGAUCGGCCUCAAAAGGCGGCCAGCACUAUGAAAAAGAGGAAGACUCGUAAUGAAGAAUCAGAUGAAGAUUUCUCAACACGUAAACGAAGAAACCGCAAAAAGUACGUCGCUCAAAGUACUUCAAACGAUCGUCACCACCAAGCAAAGGCUCGUCUAGAUCAAAGCGACUAUUCAAGUGAGUCUGAGACACCAGGUGGCACCUUCAUAGCCGUGAAUAAGCCGCCGGGGCCUCGAAGACUACCGAAGUAUCUUGCUGAGCAACAUGAGGAUGGUGAUCAACCUGCAGAACUUCCACCCGAAGUGCCGAGACGGCGCUCUUUACACGAUAGUAAAGCUGGCUCCUCAUUGCUUAAAGAUGCGUUAUCAUCUAGAAAAUCCACAAACAAUGGAAUUAAUGCGCAACGAAAGAUAGCUGACGAGAAUCGCAAAGCAAAACAGAAAGCGGUGCAGUGGGCAGAUGACGACGAAGAGGACGGCACCUCCAGCUCUGGCGACAAUGGUCUGAAGCAUGCUCCGGCAAUUACAUCCAUUUCAGCCAAAGCCAAGAAUACCUUGAUGAAGAUCCCGCAAUCAAUGUUUUCGCGAAUGGCAGGGCGAAAGUUCAAAGUUGCAGGAGCCAAGCCUAAAUAG